AUGUCUUGUAUGUUGAGUGAAGAAGACCGGGGCUCACUGUGGAAUGAGCAGUUGAUUACGACUGCCACUCAGCCGGAAGCCAGGAUCCAUAUGUUGGUUAUAGAUAGCACUCCUAAAAACGACCGUGAAAUCUUUCGGGUGGUCUAUCAUAUGGGAGGGAUAGCCAAGGCUGCGGAAGUAUUGAGAGGUAUGAUAGCAAGCAAGCACAAGGCGGUUUCUCGGCCAGUAGUAGUAGUAAGAGCAUUACAACCUUCAGUAGCAGUAGGAGGCAGAAGUGCACCUCCACCAAAACAGCAGGCUACACCAAAUGCUGGAUUUACUGGCUGCCAUGAAUGUGGUUCCAUGGAGCAUAAAAAGUAUCAAUGCUCGAUGUGGAAAGAGAAACGUGUAGCCCGCCGGAAGACCGCAAGAGAGAAUGGGGCGCGUAGAGGUGGACAGCCAAUCAGACGUGCAGUGUGGACAUAUGCACCGAACCCAGUGGCAAAUGGGCUAGUAUCAACACCAGGUACAACGAUGGCAGGUCCAGAUCCGGUAGCAGCGCAUGCACCGAUAACGGGGCCGCAUUCAGCAGCAGACACUGGACAAUCUGCAACGAUGACUCAACCAUUCGGACACAUGGUAAUGAAUCAUACUGCAGGUAAUCAAGUGGUAGGGGCUCUUCAUCAGCCCGUGUGGGACCAUCAACAGAAAGGGAGCAACACAAGAGCAUCGGGUCACUGA